GAUGAUACCUCUAAUAGUGAACAUGUAUCAGAAGAAUCUGAUUUAUCAAAUUCUGAUUUUGAGCAUGGUGAUGUUGUUACAGUUAGUCAACCAGAAACAUUAAAAAAGAAUGGUGCCAUAUGGUCUAUAUAUCCAAACUUAGAACAAAGUCGUACAGCUGCUGCUAACAUUACACCACGACAAGAUUCUAAUAACAUACGAUCAGAUUCACAUUUUUGGAAAUCAGUUGAUCGUAUAGAAUUAGAAUCUUUUAUUGGAUUAUUGAUUCAAUCUGGUGUACAUCGAAGUAAUUAUGAAUGA